GACAAAGUUCUCCUAAGCGAAGUAAGCAGAAUGAACGUGAGCAUGGUCUGUCCUUUGCCGAGAUUUCAUUUGACAUUGAUAUAAUUUACCACGAGAGCAGGGAAAAGAAAAGGGAAACAGUUCAAAAUUUUAUCAAGCACAUUUUUGCCCUUUUAAACUCCGCCGGUGGAGUCAUUCGAAUUAAUGAAAGUGGAAACAAUGAAAAGACAAUAAUUAAGGAACGAGACAUAUGGAUGCAGGGGCUGGAAGAGACUCUGAUUGAUAAACUCACACAAAUUGUUUACAAACAAUGUAUUCACUACAAUAGUGCUUCAAAGUUUCCGUAUUUUUAUUUGUUUGUCACAAAGUCAAAGCGUGUUUGUACGCAAAGCAGUGGAUUGAAAAUACCAUUUGAACGUAGAGUUAACGAUGCAUUAACUUACAUGGAUAUUUUGAAUAUUCUUAAUCGUAAGAGCGUUAGUGUUUCUCAUCGCGAAUCAUCAUCUCUCGAAAUGAGUGAUGAAAACAUGGCAUUUGAUAGCGGGUACACAGAAGGUACUCCUACGUCCAAUUCCCCUGAUGAGGAACUUGAUAAGUUUCAUUUUGAGAAAAAAGUUUCUUCUGAUGAAAGCGAUACUGUACAGUUUAAGCUCAUUAAAAAUGGAAGAGGUAGCAUGAAAGACUUGCUGAAAGGCAUUGAUAGUCAUUUACCGAACUAUGUUUCUGCGUUUUCAAAUUACUAUGGCGGUAAAGUGUAUUUCGGCGUUCAUGACGAUGGGACGAUAAAAGGCCAACUUGUUGAGGGUGAAGAUGAGAAAAGGGAGGUUAAAGAGAUGGUAGAAAAGGUGAUGAAAAGAAAUAACGAGAAUCGAGAGAUGGUCCGCAUUUGGGGCACACCUGAUUUUAUCCCAAAAUAUGAUGAGCAGUGGUCUGUGGAAUUUGUGGAGGUAAUUGGUAAACCAGAGGGCGAAGAAAGAUGUGUGAUUGUUGUGACGAUUUUCCCUUUUGAUGGAGGGAUGUUUUUGGAACAUCCCUUAUCUUGGAGAGUUGAUGAAAGCUCAGAAGAAAUUGUCAAAAUUGAUUUUGUUGAAUGGAGAAAUUUACAUGUCUCUCCUUCAG